GUCGUCUAAAUAAAACCGACUUCAAAAUCCCAAAAGAGGGAAACCACUCUCCUUUUCCGCCCCCCAUUUCGCCUUUUUCUCGCAAAAGAAAUCAAAACCCCUCUCGCUUUGGCGCUCGAGGUCCUCGGCCACCGUGGGCGGAGGCCCAGACGGCGCGAUCGGCCGGCACGCCGACGGCAUUUCUUUCCCACUUUUCGCUCGAUCCCUUCUUCGAACUGUUUGGAACUCGCGCUGGAUUCGGGUUUUGGCUCUUUUCUGCCCUUUUUUCGAAGUCUAGGUUAUUUCCCAAAGAAUUUUCGGAAUUAGCAGAGCAGAACAAUGUCUGCUUCCACCAUUGCAGCAAUGGCAGCAAAUCCUGCUGCCAGUAACAAUGCAUCUUUGACCUUGGAUUCAAACUCAAAGCCAAAUGCUAGGAGAAGAACAGUGGUAGUUGUGGAGAAGAAAUCAAGUGCUGAUAUCCUUGCUGAUGGAGGAGCUAAUGGGGUUAGCGAGGAUAAGAUUACUGUUAAUGGGAAGGAUCUGGCCCAUACAAUCAGAGGAGAAUCUGUGCUUGAGAUAUCAAAAGACAUGCCACAGUUGAAGAAAGGAUUGAUUGCUUCCUCCAUUUCACCACGACGUAAGAAGCCUGUACCAAAGCCAAUGAAACUGAAGUGGCAAACCAUUCUUAGCAUUCUCACAAAGAAUUGCCUGCUUCUAGCAGCUCUAUUAUGGCUGGGGCAGACAGUUUGGAGAUGGACUGAUAGAAUUGGAGACCAUACUAACUCACCUUUUGUAGCUUUGGAUUAUGAGGGUCGGAUUUCUGAAGUUGAGGCAUCUUUAAAGAAAACAGCAAAGAUGCUGCAGGUUCAGGUAGAUCUUGUAGAUGGAAAAAUUGGAAGUGAGAUUCAUACCAUGGCAAGGGAACUGAAAAAGCAACUUGAAGAGAAAGGGGCACUGUUGGAGAAGGAGUUGAAGAAGUUGGAAGCUAGGACUGAUGGUUUAGACAAGUCUUUGACUGAAUUCAAGGGCAUGGGUCUCCGUUCGAGGGAAGAAUUUGAUAGCUUGUGGAGUGAGCUGAAGAACACUGGAAGGCUAGAUGGUAGCGAUAACAAUGUUAAUCUGGACGAAAUUAGGGUUUUUGCUAGGGAUCUUGUUAAGAAAGAGAUGGAAAAACAUGCAGCUGAUGGUCUUGGGAGGGUUGAUUAUGCUUUAGCUUCUGGUGGAGCCAGGGUGGUCAGGCAUUCAGAGCCCUACGGUUUUGGGAAAGCUAACGGUUGGUUUUCUGUUCCUAAAGGUCAAAACGUUGUUCAUGCUAAUGCUCACAAAAUGCUGGAGCCGAGUUUCGGUGAGCCUGGUCAAUGUUUUCCCUUGCAGGGAAGCAGUGGAUUUGUUGAGAUUAGGCUGAGAUCAGGGAUCAUACCUGAGGCUGUCACGCUAGAGCAUGUAUCUAAGAGCGUGGCUUAUGACAGGUCCAGUGCCCCCAAGGAUUGUCGGGUCUCUGCAUGGUUUGAAUCCCCUGACGAUGAGCCAUUCAGCCACGCCAAGAUGUACCUCCUGAGUGAGUUCUCUUAUGACCUCGACAAGAGCAACGCACAGACCUUCAAUGUUGUGACAGCGGACAUGGGUGUGGUCAACAUGGUGCGGCUGGACUUCGCCUCCAACCAUGGGAGCUCAGCUCUAACGUGCAUCUAUCGCUUUAGGGUGCACGGCUACGAGCCCAACCCCCCAGCAGCUAUGGCUCUGCAGGCCCGAUAGAGAGUUUCAGUGCUCUUGUUUGUUGUGCACCGAACCCCUGAUUUCUGUACGCAUUAAUUCCUGUUCGUGUUCCUCUUCUUUACGUCUCCUCUGCUAAAUCUUUUAAUUAUCAGGUUCUUAUGUUUUCUGUACCACUUAGCAGGUAGGUAGGUAUUGAAUGGUGCCAUUAAUGCUCAAACGCAUGCAUUAAAAUAUGGAAGUCAACAGCAGCAGCUAAACAAUCAUUCAAUUGCUUGAUGCCUUCUGUAAUCAUUUGACCCCUGAAUUCAAGUAUUUCUGGGCCCUAAAAGAACGGGAGAAAUGGGUCAGUGAGAGGUUGGGAGUGGGAGGGGUGGGGGUGCCUUUUAUAAACAUUCUACCGCAGGAAUUGGCAGGCUACAAGCUGGCAUCACCACUUCACUGAUUCCAGUCGGGAUGCUGUCAGAAUGCUUUGUCUUGGUGACGGUGGCCUAUCAUAACAAUAUAUUUAAAACCACUUGAAUGGUUUCUUUUAUAUUCAAAGAAAAUGGUUUUUAUUUUAUGCGCAUAACAUUCUGUCUGGUUGAUAGAAAAUAAAAUUGCCCUAGUAUGUAUGUCUCCUUGUCAAAAGUUUGAAUGGCAAUCAAACACCAGUUAUCAAUGUCAACCAUGCUAUCAUAUUUCAGCAA